CCGAGAGCCGAAGCUGUUGGGUUCCAAGACCGUGUUCUCUUUCUUACUGUUCUCCGUACUACCAUGCCUCUGUAUGAAGGCCUGGGGAGCGGCGGGGAGAAAACGGCAGUCGUGAUAGACCUAGGAGAGGCUUUUACCAAGUGUGGAUUUGCUGGAGAAACUGGUCCAAGAUGCAUAAUUCCUAGUGUGAUAAAAAAAGCUGGCUUGCCUAAGCCUAUCAAAGUUGUUCAAUAUAAUAUCAAUACAGAAGAAUUAUAUUCCUACUUAAAGGAAUUCAUCCACAUCCUGUAUUUCAGGCAUCUAUUGGUGAAUCCUAGAGACCGCCGAGUUGUGGUUAUCGAGUCGGUAUUAUGUCCUUCCCACUUCAGAGAGACACUCACUCGUGUUCUUUUCAAGUAUUUUGAGAAAAUUUCUGUUUUAGGUUCAAUUCCAGAAGGUGUCCUAGAGGACAUUAAAGUGCGCACUUGCUUUGUAAGUGAUCUGAAACGUGGAUUAAAAAUCCAAGCAGCAAAAUUUAAUAUUGAUGGGAAUACUGAGCGUCCCUCACCACCCCCAAAUGUUGACUACCCAUUAGAUGGAGAGAAGAUUUUACAUGUUCUUGGAUCAAUCAGAGAUUCGGUUGUGGAAAUUCUUUUUGAACAAGAUAAUGAAGAGAAAUCAGUUGCCACUUUAAUACUGGAUUCUCUUAUACAGUGCCCAAUAGACACCAGAAAGCAGCUCGCAGAGAAUUUGGUAGUCAUAGGUGGCACGUCGAUGUUGCCAGGAUUUCUCCACAGAUUGCUGGCGGAAAUAAGGUAUUUGGUAGAAAAACCAAAAUAUAAAAAAGUACUCGGCACCAAGACAUUCCGAAUCCAUACUCCACCCGCAAAGGCCAAUUGUGUGGCGUGGUUGGGAGGAGCUAUUUUUGGUGCACUACAAGACAUACUUGGGAGCCGUUCAGUCUCAAAGGAAUAUUAUAAUCAGACAGGCCGUAUACCUGAUUGGUGUUCUCUUAACAACCCUCCGUUGGAGAUGAUGUUUGAUGUCGGAAAAGCUCAGCCACCUCUGAUGAAGAGAGCAUUUUCCACUGAGAAAUAAAAGUUUGAUUAAAAUUCAGCUUUGCUUCAUAUCAAGUAUCUAAUCGAUUAUAAGCAAAUGGUACAAAGUAUAUAGGAUGCUCUUAGAGAUGACUUUAUGGCAAUGAAAACAUUUCUGUAAUGACUUUUUGCAUUGAGAUUCUUUUGACUUUUGUUUUUCUUGUGUAGUGGUAAAAUGGUAGCUGAUGCUUAAUGAAAUUUGUUGUAUUUAUAUCAAUAAAAUAUAGUAAAGCGGUUUAAUUUUGGAAGUUUGUUACACAGUUUAAUUUCAAAAGGAAUAUAACAUUUUCCCUCCACAAUUCACAUAAUCUGAGCUGAGCAUUGGAAAGUUCAUUAAUUUCAUUAUUUUCAGCAAUUAUUUCAAGAAUAAAUAAUAUUACCAU